UGAAAUCAGAGCGAAUGUCUUCAGACCUGUCUCGUGCUCUCGAUUGAGAGCACCCAUUGUGAAUAAAUUUACCCAUCAUUUUUUAAGAAUCAAUUUUGAACUCAUCCCUAAAGAUCUGAGGCCACACCAGUGCCAAAAUGAAACUCAUUAUCCUUUCUGCGUGCCUUUUUGUGCAAUUAAGUGCUUCUUUUGCUAGUAAUGCUCAUUUUCUGUCUGACGAUUUCAUAGCGGAUAUCAACUCUAAUCAAGACCAAUGGGAGGCUGGCAGAAACUUCGAUCCGAAUACUCCUUUGUCGGAGAUAAAAAUCCUCCUGGGUGCAAUAAUGGAGGGUAGAGAGAGGAGACCGGAGAUGGUCAAGACUUUCGACCCGCUGUGGCCGGAAAACAAGAAGAUUCCGAAGAGGUUCGACGCCCGGAAGAAGUGGCACAAGAAGUGUCCCAGGAUCGCCGAAGUUCUCGACCAAGGACGCUGCGGCUCUUGCUGGGCUAUCGCUACGACGCAAGCCUUCACGGACAGAUACUGCAUCAAAACAAAAGGAAAACACCAGAUGCGUUUAUCGACCGCCAACAUGCUAUCCUGUUGCAGCGAGUGUGGGUUUGGCUGCAGUGGCGGAUGGGAAAAUCUGGCGUGGAGCUACAUCAAAAAACACGGUCUGCCGAGUGGGGGCAACUGGAACACAUCGGAGGGAUGCCAACCUUACAACAUCCAAUCUCCGUGCAAGUACAGUGGCCAAGAUUGCCCAUACCAGCCGUGUCCGGCUUCUCGGGGUACUCCUGACUGCCAGCAUCGUUGUACAAACGGCCAAUACACCAAGGAAUUGAACAAGGACUACCGUUUCGGUAACCUAGCAUAUGCACUGCCCAAAGACGAAAAGGCCAUAAUGAAAGACAUCAUGGCACAUGGUUCUGUGACAGCCGCUUUCAAAGUUAUGGAUGACUUUCCCAGCUACAAAUCUGGGGUCUAUGAGCCAAGCCCCAAGUCUCAGCCAAUCGGUGGUCACGCGGUGAAAUUGCUCGGCUGGGGGGUGGAGAAGAAAGUUCCCUACUGGUUGGUGAUGAACUCCUGGAACGAUUACUGGGGUGACCACGGUCUGGUCAAAAUGAGAAGAAACCACCCGAGGAUCAGGUUGGAAGACGAAGUUUGGGCCGCCGUGCCAGAUACAAAGAAGAGUUACGAGGAUGGCGUAGCUGAUGAGGACUCGGAAGAUUUCGAGGCAUUAGAGGACAGCUCAGCCGAAAUACCGAAUGAAGAGGAGGAAGUUGAAAAUUGAAAAAUAAAAAAUCCCGGAUAAAAACGGAGACGGUAUAAAAAUCUAAAACAAAGAGAAAGAAAUGAAGCUAUCUCACUCGAAAAUUUGGAGUUCAUCUAGUGAAUCAUGACACCGUAGAUCAAAAUUCCGAAUUUUGUUAUGCUUGUACUUUUAGAGAUUAUAUACAUCUGUCUCCUGAA